GAGGAGAAAGUCGUGCAGUGCCAUCAGUUUCUCUCUGCGUCUGUGUCCACCGCACGGCACCCGCCUUCUACCGAGUGGGCCAUUCACCAAUAUCUCUUGCUGAUGUGUGCAUUACACAUAUCAGACAUUUGCACAAUCAUCCCCCAUCCAAAGCAGCGACGUACGCAGCAAGACGGUCCUGUGCUCACGACGCUCUCAUCACCCUGCAGCCAUCAGCAUCACCACCAGCAGCGACCAGGGGGCAGGGGGGCCUCUCGGCGUGUUCGUGCAGUGCCGGAGCUAAUUGAUCAAACUGCCAAAAAGAAAAGAGAAGCAAAAAACGCUCGCUCGUCUCUCUCGCGGCCGCCCCCGUCAAACUUUGGCUCACUUGCACCCAAAAAAGUAAGCACAGCUCAGCGGCCGUUCGCGGUGUGCUCUCUCGCUACUCGAGAAGCUCGUCCUUGCGCCACAUAGCAUGGGCACAUCACCGUCCCUCUGCUGAAACAGCAUCCAUAUCCCUCCCCCUUCCCUCGACCGGCUGUCGCCCAGUCAGCUCCGCCACC